AUGGAUCCAUUCGAAAGAUUUAAUGAUAUUCAAUUUUGGAAUCGCUACAGACUGUCAAAAGAAGCAGUGCGAUUUGUGAUAGGCUUAGUUGAAGAAAGGUUAUCUUCUCAAGCAGGGCAUGAGAAGGAUGUGUCAUCAGCGUUACAAGUGUUGAUUGCUUUACGAUUUUACGCCAAAGGAUGCUAUCAGACGGAAUUAGGUGAUCUGCAUGGAGUAUCACAGCCAACAGUAUCCAGAAUUGUGGCAAAAGUAUCGAAAGCCAUCGCAGCUCAUCUGCCACACUUUGUACAUUUUCCAGAUAUAAUGGAAGCCUUGAAAAUGGAAUUUUACAACAUAGCCGGUUUCCCACAAGUUAUUGGAUGCAUUGAUUGUACUCAUAUACGUAUUAAAUGCCCCAACCAAGAACGAGCUAAGUUGUACAUAAACCGGAAAGGCUUCUAUUCUAUAAAUGUGCAGGUGGUUUGCGAUGCACAGCGUCGAAUUCUAGAUAUUGUUGCCAGAUGGAGAGGCAGUGCUCAUGACUCCCGAAUAUGGAACUCAAGUCGUCUGAAGGAGGAGUUUGAGCCUCAAACUGAUACUCAAAAUAGAUAUAAUUGGGCCCAUAUUCGCACUCGUCUUACCGUCGAAAGAUGUUUUGGCGAAUGGAAAGGGAUGUUUAGAGCACUACAAAACAAUAUGCAGAUUAAUCUGAAGACAGCAAAGGUUGCAAUUAUUACUAUGGCAAUUCUCUUCAACAUACGAAAACAAUUCAACAACUUCGAAUAUGAAAUUGAUGAUGAAGAAAAUCAAAGCGAUGAAGAGCAACCUGCUGUUGUUCCACAUGCAACAGAACGACCUGGAGCAGCAUUCCGUUUGGAUUUUGCACAACGGCAUUUUAACUGA